AGCGAUAUCUUUCCUGAGCAAUUCCAGUGUCAUUUAGACCAACGGCAGACUGCUGCUGAUAAUAGCUUCCGCAGAUUGUUGCGGAGAUAGGAAAUCUAAAGAAGAAGUUAGUAAUUCCACAUCAUGGACGACACCAUCAACAUACUGAUCGAAGACGACUUUCAAAAAGAGGUCGACCGUAUAUUUAAUCGGAUAAUCAAGAUAGCAGAGGAAUACAAGCCAGAAAGCAUCAACCAGCAAGGAACAGCACCACCUCCAUAUGUAGCAACCCCGAAGGAAGAACUAAAACAUAUAGGACCGAAGAAACUAACAAUUCCGGAACUAAAGGCGCGAACUGAAGCGAAGAAGGAAGCAGAGGAGCGACAUCAACAAAAAUUUAAGAAGACAAGAGGAGGUAAACGGCAGAAAUUAAGAAAGGAAAAAGCAGAGUACUACAGACUGGCAACUAUCGCAACGGGGAACCAGAAGAACGGAUUUAUAAAGAAAGCCAAGGAGAUAGCAGAACAAUUGCGACUACUCAAGCAGAACGUUAAACAUGGGCAAUUGCAGCUCGACAACCAACAACAGCCUCGUGACUGA